AUGUUUUUGAGACACUGGGUAUCACCCACAUUUUUAACCCUCUCCGCAUUACCAUCAUUUUUACCCCGCUCCUCACCACCAUCAUCUGUAAUCCUCUCCGCAUCACCAACAUUUGUGACCCUAUCGGCAUCACCAUCGUUUUUAACCCUAACCGUAUCACCAUCAUUUGUACCAAUCUGCGGUUCAUCACCACAUCAUCUUUUAUUUAUAAUCCCCAACAUAUUUAAGGCUCUCCGCAUCACAAUUAUUUUUAAGCACAUUGGUGUCACCUCUCUCCGCAUUACCAAUAUUUUCACCCAUCUCUUAAUCACUUUUAUUUGUAACUCUCACAGCAUCACCAUCAUUUUUAACCCUAACGGCAUCGCUAUCAUUUUAAACCUCCCCGUAUCGCCAUUAUUUGUACUAAUCUCUAUAUCACCAUCAUUUGUAACACUGUUAAAAUCCCCAUCAUGUUUAUCACAUCACCAUCAUUUGCACCCAUGUCCGCAUCACCAACAUUUAUACCCCCCACUACUCCACACAAUCAUUUGUACCCGUCUCUCUGCAUACCUGUUAUUUGAACCCUCUCCGUAUUCUCAUCAUUCGUACCCACUCUCCUCAUUAUAUAAUUUUCAUUGA